AUGGAAAUUUAGUUUAAGCAUCAUUACACGCUCGACAUCAGCAUGGACAUGUUGAAAGUAUACGCUCUUGGCCUCCUGCUUUUAGCUCACGAAUUGGGGAUCACAAAUGCAGCAGGGAAGUGCAAAUUCAGCAGAACGCACUUCCAGAACUUUACACUGGAACUUAAGAACAAUACAUUGUAUAUGGACAUGACAACUUUAAAGACGGUCCACCGGGGCCUCAAGGUCCUCCUCGACACCCAGAUCAGCCUCGACAAAGGCAAAAGCUACCAACGCCUCUUCGCCCACAUUCUGGACACCUGUGCCGUGGUUUCCUCGGUGAGAUCCAACAUGUUCAAGAGCUGGUUCGAUAGCAUGCUGAAGCACGGAAACUUUAUGGUCAACUGCCCCGUUCCCGCGGGUCACUACUUUCUGCAUGACUGGCAGCUGGACUCGCAGUUGGUCCCGCACUACUUGCUUCCAGGGGAUUACUGCAUCAGUGCUCACUUCUUCUAUGGCAAGCAUAAGUCAAAGCAGGAGGACUUUUUUCUGGACUUGGACGUCUAUGCUCUGCUCAAAGCUAGCUAG